GCUGCAGCUAAAGCGCUUUACUUCCGGGAUACCGUCAGGAUGAGAUUGUAGCAUCAGCGCUGAAUAAAACCACAUUCCAGGGUGAUGGGGCCAGAUGGUGCCCCAGGUCCAGCUGUGCCAUGGCGUAAGGUGCUGUGGGAACGCCAGCCUUUUCCAGAUAACUACGUAGACCAGCGGUUCUUGGAGGAGUUACGCAGGAACGAGGGCAUCCGGCAGUACCGCUACUGGGCUGUAGUGAAGGAAGCAGGAUUUGUAGGACAGCAGCUGUCUUGUGUGGCCAUUUUUAUCACCCUCUGGCUCUACAUGGAGCAGGGUCUGCUGCCACCUGAGACGUUGCUGUGGUCCAGCCUCAUCUGUGCCCUACUGGGUUAUGGACUUCAUCAAGCCUUGACAUCUCGCGUUGAAUCGUGUGGUGAACCCCGCACUCAUCUGGCUGAUUUACAGAGUGCAGCCAUUUUCCUUUCCUUCACCUUUGGCUUCUCGCCAGUUCUUAAGACACUAACAGAGUCUGUGAGUACAGACACUGUGUACGCCAUGUCUGCUUUGAUGCUGCUGGCCCAUUUGGUGUCGUUUCCUUACGCACAGCCAUCGCCUCCUGGAAGCCUCUCUUUAAAUGCAGCUCUGUUUGCCUCGGUGUGCCUAGCCUCUAGGUUACCCGGAGCUCUGCACACUUUCGCCAUGCUAAGCUGCGCCCUGCUGGUAUUUGCUCUGUGGCCCUGCCUGCUGCAGACACUGAGGGAGAACGCCCCUGGCCAUUUUACUGGGGUGUGCAUGGGAGUUUGCAUUGGAGGGAUAGUAGGUCUGGGGUCUCAGACACUGGGUGGAGCUGUGCUCUUAACCCUGGCUUUAGCAAGUGUAACACUGCUCUGUCCUUUCCUGCUUGUCAGGCUGCAGAGGCACAAGGACAACAUUCAUGGACCCUGGGAUGAGGCUGAGAUUCGUGAGGACCUGAGCCGCUUCCUUCACUAAUAAGCAGCCUAGCACAAGCAGCUCCUAAACAAGCUGAUAUUAAAAGUGUAACUGCAUUUUAUAUGAACCAAAAACUGUUUUUUUUUUUUGUUUUGUUUUUUAUCACUGGGUCAUGUAUGAUUGGAAAACAAUGACAAACUAUUAUUCUCUUGCAGGUAGUAUGAGGAUGGUUUUUAAUGUUCAGGCUGCUACUGUUUUGUAAUUUACCUCAGAGUUUGUGCGAAAGGUCUCAACUAAUAAUAUGACUUGUUACAGGAUGUUAAUGGUUUGCAAAUCUCUGUAAGAAAAAAUGAAAUCACAUAUGAAGGGCUGUAAUUCCAUUUUCCACAAUUUAUUUGUAAAUAUUAGAAGACUUUUAGGAUUUCAUUCUGUAUUUUGGUAAUGAGAGUAUUUCUUCAGUGUUAUUCAGUACAAUACUACAAGAAGCUGUUUUAUCUGCUUAAAUAUGGCCUGAAAUAUGAAAUGUGUCAUGAGCACUGAGGUAAGAAAAUGUAGACGUUUUCUACAGUCAAUGAAAAAGAUGAGGGUCUUUCAUGUCGCCUUCCGUUCAAAUCCCAAUCAGUGACGUCACAUCCGAUGAGCAACACCUGUUGACAAGGUGUUUUCGGUCGACAGAGAGGAACAUGGCGGGAGUUUGCCUACCUAAUUUAGUCUAACUUCCAUUAAAAAAAACCCAAAAACAACUUUAUGCUGAUGACCUCCCAGUUUGCUCAGCACACAGUGUGAAACAGACCGGAGUUCCUCUGUUUAUUUUUAAUUUUUGGGCCGAUUAAAGAACAACUACAUGGCGA